AUGGCCUCGCGCUUAUCCUGGCAAUCCCUCCGGGCCCGUCCAGCCCUAUUUUCUACUAUCGCAGUCGCAGGAAUCGGAGCUUAUUACGGCACUAGGUCUUUUCUGUUGCCGACGGGACACGCAGAGUCUCCGGAAUCCCCCAAGGUCUUCGGUGGCUUCGGUUUCACAACAUUACGCCUACAAGAUGUCAAGGUAGUGAACCAUAACACUAAACGCCUGGUGUUCGACUUUCCCGACGAACACGCAACAAGUGGAUUGACAUUGACCUCGGCAUUGCUCACAUACUCCUGGCCCAAGGGACAAUGGUUCCCCGUGUUGCGUCCCUAUACACCCAUCAGCGAUCUAAACCAAACUGGCUCAGUCGAGUUAAUGGUCAAGCACUAUCCAAAUGGAAAAGCCAGCACCCACCUACACUCCCUAGAACCUGGUGACAUGCUCACCUUCGCUGCCACCCUCAAGGGAUUCCCCUGGACACCCAACAAAUACUCCCAAGUCUACCUAAUCGCAGGUGGUGCCGGUAUCACGCCAAUCUACCAGCUCAUCCAGGGCAUUCUCAACAACCCAAAUGACCAGACCAAGAUCAAUCUCGUCUUUGGGGUCAACACCGAACAGGAUUUAUUACUCCAUGACGAGCUGGAGCAGUAUAAGAAGCGGUUUCCGAGCCGGUUCAAUUACAUCUACACCGUGAGCCAUCCCAAGGAGGAAGGGUCGUCUUGGCGGAAGGGUUAUGUGACCGAGGAGCUUCUCCGAGAUGUGAUGCGAGGUAGGGAUAAGGAUACCCAUGUCUUUUUGUGUGGGCCUCCAGGGAUGGAGGAUGCUUUGGUGGGAUCGAGGAAGAGUCCCGGGGUUCUGGGUCGUUUGGGAUUCUCCAAGGACCAGAUUUACAAGUUUUAG